UUGAUAGGAGACCCGGUCCGAAUCGAGCUUGAUCAGAUAGGUGCUCGUGCUUCUUCGCUUCCAUCAAAAACAGAAAAAAGAAACGGCUACUUCCAAAGGAGCCAUGGACAGUGAACAUAACUGAGAAAUGAACAACACAUCCCACCAUUGCCUCUCUUUAUUAACCAGCUGCAAAAACCUCAAAACCCUCAAUCAAAUCCACGCUUCUCUCGUCAAAACCGGCCUCAACUCGGACCCUUUUAUCGCCGGUAAACUAAUCCUCCACUGCGCUGUAACUAACUCCGAUGUUCUCGACUACGCUCGCCGUUUCUUCCUUCACUUCCCAAAUCCGGAUGUCUUCAUGCAUAACACUCUUAUUCGAGGGUUCUCAGAAUCGAGUACCCCUCAAAACUCAAUAUUUACAUUCAUAGAUAUGCGUAGGAAAUCAAUGGUUCCUCCCGAUAGCUUCUCCUUCGCGUUUGUUCUCAAGGCGGCGUCGAAUUAUGGGUCGUUGAGAGCUGGGAUUCAGCUGCAUUGUCAAGCUUUGAUUCAUGGUCUCGAUACCCAUUUGUUUGUUGGGACGACUUUGAUAAGUAUGUAUGGAGAAUGCGGGUCUGUUUGUUUUGCGAAGAAAGCGUUUGAGCAAAUGCUGGAACCAAAUGUUGUUGCUUGGAAUGCAAUUGUGACGGCGUGUUUUAGGUGUGGUGAUGUAAAGGGUGCACGGAAAAUGUUUGAUAUGAUGCCUUUUACGAAUUCGACUUCCUCGAAUGUAAUGCUUGCAGGGUUUGCGAAAGCUGGGGAGAUGGAGCUUGCCAAAAAGAUGUUUUGGGAGAUGAAAGUGAAGGAUGAUGUUUCUUGGAGUACUAUGAUUGUUGGAUUUGCUCAUAAUGCGAGUUUUUGUGAGGCUUUUGGAUAUUUUAGGGAGUUGCGAAGGGUUGGGUUGAGACCCAAUGAGGUUAGCUUAACUGGGGUGCUAUCAGGUUGUGCACAAGCGGGGGCGUUUGAGUUUGGUAAAAUCUUUCAUGGAUAUAUUGAGAAAUCUGGAUGUAAUUGGAUUACUGCCGUGAAUAAUGCACUCGUGGAUAUGUAUGCAAGGUGUGGGCAUGUGGAGAUGGCUCGAUUAGUUUUUGAGAAUAUGCCAUAUAAGAAGAGUGUUGUUUCUUGGACUUCAAUGAUAGAAGGGCUUGCGAUGCAUGGUUAUGCAGAAGAGGCAAUACAGGUUUUUCAUGAGAUGGAAGGGUCUGGAAUUAGGCCUGAUUGGAUUACCUUCAUCACCAUCCUAUAUGCUUGUAGUCAUGCUGGGUUGAUUGAGCAAGGAUGUAGCUAUUUUUCUAAGAUGAAGAAUGUGUAUGAUAUAGAACCAAAGAUUGAGCACUAUGGUUGCAUGGUUGAUUUGUAUGGUCGAGCUGGUUACCUGCAGAAGGCCUAUGACUUUGUAUGUCAAAUGCCAGUAUCACCUAAUGCUAUAAUUUGGCGGACUCUUCUCGGGGCUUGCAGCAUCCAUGGUAAUGUUGAGUUGGCGGAGCAAGUAAAGGAAAGGCUUUCUGAGCUAGAACCCAAUGAUUCUGGUGAUAUUGUGCUGCUGUCAAAUAUUUAUGCAGUUGCAGGGAAAUGGAAGGAUGUUGCCACAGUGAGAAGGUCAAUGACAGCUCAGAAGAUAAAGAAAACUCCUGGUUGGAGUAUGAUUGAAGUUGACAGGACCAUGUAUAGCUUUGUAGCCGGGGAAAAAUCAAAAAAGACUACUGCAGAGGCUUACGAAAUGCUAAAGGAGAUAAUGUUGACGCUUAGGGUUGAGGGAGGUUAUGUUCCAGAAGUUGCAAGUGUUUUUCAUGACGUAGAGGAGGAAGAGAAGGAAGAUUCAGUAUUUAAGCACAGUGAGAAGCUUGCUGUAGCUUUUGGGAUCUCGAGGCUGUGUAAGGGAAGGGAUAUAAGAAUAGUGAAGAAUUUAAGAAUAUGCAGAGACUGCCAUACAGUUAUGAAGUUGAUCUCUAAGGUUUAUGGAUUGAAAGUUGUGGUCAGAGAUAGAAGUCGUUUUCACAUGUUCAAUGAUGGUUCUUGUUCAUGCAAAGAUUACUGGUGAUUGGUAAGUAGUAAGCAUUAAGGCAAUGAAAGUUUCUGCACUUCUCAGAAAAGAACUUAAAUUUAAAGGAGAAAACUGAAGCUGCAGCCUGAGAAAGGAAAAAUGAGCUAUGAACCUGCUUAUUGGGAAGAAGUACUGUGAAAAAAAAUACAAUGUUUGAGCUAUACAAUGGAUCCGGUACAAGGAAGAUUUUGAAAACUAACAAUAUUUGAUUGAAUUGUGCCAAAAUGGAAAAGAACUUUUGAGUGAAUCAUACUCUGUUGGUAUGCUGUAGGUCAUGACAUACUGAAUGGACAGGGAUGGAGCAAAUAGUUAGUCUACAAGUCUGGUCAGGCUUCCCAUGUGUAACAUAUGAACAAUGUAUCUCCACGUUGAGUCUUUCCUGGAUUUGGGUGGAGAUACUGACCUGAAGCUGAUUGUGCAGAGGAACUUGCUGAGCACAGUCUAUACUUAUUCUAAUAACCAGUCUGCGGCAAUUUUGAACCCA